AACUUGGGAAAUGUAGUCCAUACACUCCACUGAGGUUCAUAAGGGGAUAGGAAAUCGGUCGUGCGCUUUUUUUUUUUUUUUUUUUUUUUUGUCUGUUUGUCUGGAGAUAAGGUCUCACUAUAUGGUCCAGGCUGGUCUUGAACUCUCAAUCCCAAAGGAUUUAAUCUUAGCCUUAGGACGAAAGAACAAAGGAUCUGCUCUCGUGUGUAACUACGUUUCCACUACGCUGUGCGUCCGUUCGGCUGCCCGUUGCAUGCUGGGGUCGGUUUUCACGCGAUCUGGAUUCGUCUGCCCUACAUGGCGGGACUCACGUUGUAAGUUUGGGUCUUAACUUACCCGGAGCCUCGGUGUCCACAAUGCUAAGUUUGCCAUGCUCAUUUGGGUCAUCUAAGAAGCCGAACUGAAGCCCUUUUUGGUUUAUGAUUUUGCUGAGGCUGGGGCUCCUGGCGCCAGCCUCCUUCCUCCAGCAGCUUCCCGCUCCGAGAUCUAAGGUCCCCUACUUCCCUGGGACCAAAACCAGGCAGCGUUAGCUGACUGCCAGCAAGUUGCUUGGCCAACAGUGUGUGAGAUGGGACGGACAUCAAAGGACAAGCGAGAUGUCUACUACCGCCUAGCCAAGGAGAAUGGCUGGAGGGCCCGAAGUGCCUUCAAGCUGCUACAGCUUGAUGAGGAAUUUCAGCUCUUCAAAGGCGUGACACGGGCAGUUGACCUAUGUGCAGCCCCUGGCAGCUGGAGCCAGGUGCUGAGCCGGAAAAUUGGGAGCCAGGGAUCCGGUCAAGUGGUAGCUGUGGACAUGCAAGCUAUGGCUCCCUUACCAGGUGUGAUACAGAUCCAAGGGGACAUCACUCAGCUUUCCACCGCCAAGGAGAUUAUCCAGCACUUUGAGGGCUGCCCUGCUGACCUAGUGGUGUGCGAUGGGGCUCCUGACGUGACCGGCCUCCAUGAUGUCGAUGAGUACAUGCAGGCCCAGCUUCUCCUAGCCGCACUAAAUAUUGCAACACACGUCUUGAAGCCAGGUGGCUGCUUUGUGGCCAAGAUAUUUCGAGGCCGGGAUGUGACACUGCUCUACAGCCAGCUGCGGGUCUUCUUUGCCAGUGUGCUCUGUGCCAAGCCCAGGAGCAGCCGGAACUCCAGCAUUGAGGCCUUUGCUGUCUGUAAGGGUUAUGACCCUCCUGAGGGCUUCGUGGCAGACCUGGCCAAACCCCUGUUGGACCACUCAUACGAUUCAGACUUCAACCAGUUGAAUGGUCCCACCCGCUUCAUUGUGCCUUUUGUGACCUGUGGGGACCUGAGUGCCUAUGACUCGGACUGUAGUUACUCCCUGAAUCUCAAGGAUGGCUCCAAGUAUGAGUACACUCCACCCACACAGCCCCCCAUUUCACCUCCAUACCAGAAAGCCUGCAUAUUGAAGAAGAAGGGGCAGCUGGCCAAGGAGGUCCAUACCCAGGACUGUGCUGUCAGCAAAGAACCAGCAUAGAAGGAAGUGGAAGAACAAAUAUGAAAAGAAGUAGCUGAGAAGCAAGCACUGCUGGUGGCUAUGCCUAUAAUCCUAGCUACUCAGGAGAAUUAAGAC